UGAUUAAUUUCUUCCUUCCAACAAAAACCAUCCUCUUAUUCUAGUUUAAAUACGUUUACUUACUACUAUUAAGUUGACAUUUGAUAUCGAUCUCAACUACAAAAAAGGUGAGAAUUCAUUCUACUAUUCAUCUUCAUCUAAAAUGUCUAAUAUUUCUUUGUCAUUUUUUCAUGAAGAAUCCAAGCUCCAAGUCGAAGAGUUGAAGAUAUACACAAGGUGCUUUAUUGCUUGAUCAUCUAAAGACAUGUCUACUAUGGCUAUGAGCGAUGCAAUGAUAAUGCCGGCAACGAAUAUGACAACAGAAGUACAGUUCGCAAAGUGUGAUUGUUGUGGGUUGACCGAGGAGUGCACACCAACAUACAUAAACAACAUUCGUGAAAGGUACAAUGGCAAUUGGAUUUGCGGGUUGUGUGGAGAAGCAAUAAAAGAUGAAAUGGCAAGGAGUAAAGUGUUGAUUAGCAUAAAAGAAGCCAUGACACGUCAUAUGGACUUUUGUAGCGAGUCUAGAUCACCUGAACCACCACGGAAUCCAACGGUUCAUCUGAUCGCUGCAAUGAGACAAAUUCUUAGGCGGAGUUUGGAUUCGCCCAUUAAGUCUUUGCCUAAUAGUCCGAUACGAAAUACUAACAAUAAUGUUAGACUUAGUCGAUCGUAUACAGAUUUGCAACAACUUAUGGAAUGAUGCUAAAAAAAAAUGCAAAUGCAGAAUGUGACAUCUCUUGAUUAUUUUGUUAAGCUUUGGGUACAUGAAAAAUUAAAUUUGAUAUAUGUAAAUAGGAUAUAAAAAGUAUACUAAUUUGUUUGUUACAUACUGAAUAGUACCAAAUUUUGGGCA